GUGUAACAAUUAUCGACAGACCCCAAACAUAAAAUUCCGCUAGUUUAGGGUAUAUUAGCAAGCGCAGCAUCGUCUCGACCUCUUGUUUGAAACUAUGGCGACGUUGUCAAACUCUAGAUCGGAAAUGGAGUCCGCUUCGUCACUGGAGAAAAAAUGGAAGAAGAAAUUUAAGGUUAACAGUGACUUUAAUGAUGAGAUGCGAGAAAAACAGCAGAUUAAGUCUUAUGGGAUUGAUGACUAUGAUUCCGAUGAUUGGGAAAAUCGACCCUAUAAGCAUGUAUUUCAAAAAUACUUUCAACAAUUCCACGACAGCGAUGGUUUUGAUUUUGAUCAACACCCUGGGUCAUGCAUGGAGGCUCCCAUAUGCCCCAUUUCCACUCGCAGACUCGAUCGUGAUCCUGAACUCGUGGAUGAACUCAAGGGUUAUGCUUCAAUGGCAAUCAAUGAGUACUUUCCCGACGAUGGAAAAGAACACAAGGUUUCAGAGAUUGUGAAGGUGAAUGCAGGUGGAUGUCGUGACUGGAACUACUACAUUACCUUUAAAGUUUACAAUGAUGGAAAUGAAGAAAUUUUUCAAGCUCAGGUUGUAAUUUCACUUGAGGGCACAAUCGAGAUUCCAGUUUGCAGGCCCAAGGCCUAAAUUAUUUCUAAAUUAUCUGCAAAAUAGUUGCUUUUUAUGCCUUUGGUUUGUAAUAAUGGGGCUAAAUCUAAAUUCACUCGACAAGACUAUAUAUGUUACAAACACCCUACAAUCUUGUUUUUCUUGGAGGUUUAGUUUAAGAUGCAUUCCUAA